GGCGAGGGCGGCGAGCCAUGACGGGCGGCAGCGCGGCGUUUCGCCGUCGGUGCUAGAGGGCGACCGCGGGGCGCGGAGCCCGCCUGGCUCGGCGGCGCGGAGCGCGGAGGUAGCGCGGAGGGGCCGCCGCCGCUGCCGCCGCCGCCAUGGGCAACGCGGGGAGCGUGGACUCUCAGCAGACGGAGUUCAGGGCGCACAGCGUACCUCUCAAGCUGCCCAUGCCCGAGCCCGGUGAGCUGGAGGAGCGCUUCGCAGUGGUCCUGAAUGCGAUGAACUUGCCGCCUGACAAAGCCCGGCUUCUGCGGCAGUAUGACAAUGAGAAGAAGUGGGAGCUGAUCUGUGACCAGGAAAGAUUUCAGGUGAAGAAUCCUCCACACACAUACAUCCAGAAGUUGAAGGGCUAUCUGGAUCCAGCUGUAACCAGGAAGAAAUUCAGAAGACGAGUCCAAGAGUCUACUCAGGUACUCCGAGAACUGGAAAUUUCUUUAAGAACAAAUCACAUCGGAUGGGUCAGGGAGUUCCUGAAUGAAGAAAACAAAGGCCUGGAUGUUCUGGUGGAGUACUUGUCAUUUGCACAGUAUGCAGUCACGUUUGACUUUGAAAGUUUGGAGAACAAUGUGGAAAACUCAAUGGACAAGUCCAAACCGUGGAGCCGAUCUAUUGAGGACCUGCACAGAGGCAGUAAUUUACCCUCACCAGUUGGCAACAGCAUUUCCCGUUCUGGCAGACACUCGACUUUACGGUAUAACACCUUGCCAAGCCGAAGAACGCUAAAAAAUUCCAGAUUAGUGAGUAAAAAAGAUGAUGUUCAUGUCUGCAUCAUGUGUUUACGGGCCAUAAUGAAUUACCAGUAUGGAUUCAAUAUGGUCAUGUCGCAUCCACAUGCUGUUAAUGAAAUUGCACUAAGUUUGAACAACAAGAAUCCCAGGACAAAGGCCCUUGUCUUAGAACUUCUAGCAGCUGUUUGCCUUGUCAGAGGAGGACAUGAAAUCAUUUUAUCGGCGUUCGAUAACUUUAAGGAGGUGUGUGGAGAGAAACAGCGCUUUGAGAAGCUGAUGGAGCACUUCCGAAAUGAAGACAACAAUAUAGACUUCAUGGUGGCCUGCAUGCAAUUCAUCAACAUCGUUGUCCACUCAGUGGAGGACAUGAACUUCAGAGUCCACCUGCAGUACGAAUUUACAAAGCUUGGCCUGGAUGAGUACUUGGAUAAACUGAAACACACGGAGAGUGAUAAACUGCAGGUGCAAAUUCAAGCUUACCUGGAUAACGUUUUUGAUGUAGGAGCUUUACUGGAGGAUGCUGAAACCAAGAAUGCAGCCCUGGAAAGAGUUGAAGAACUGGAAGAAAACAUUUCCCAUUUAUCUGAAAAACUCCAAGAUACGGAGAAUGAAGCCAUGGCAAAGAUUGUGGAACUGGAAAAACAGCUUAUGCAAAGAAACAAAGAACUGGAUGUGAUUCGGGAAAUCUACAAAGAUGCAAAUACCCAGGUUCAUACCUUGAGAAAAAUGGUGAAAGAAAAAGAAGAAGCCAUCCAGCGACAGUCAACACUGGAGAAAAAGAUCCAUGAACUGGAGAAGCAGGGAACCAUUAAGAUCCAAAAGAAAGGUGAUGGUGACAUCUCUAUCCUUCCUGUUGCUCUGGCCUCUGGGAUGGUGCCAGCAGGGUCAGAGGCUGGGUCUGGAACAUGUGUUGCACCAGUUGCUGGAGCUACAUCUUCAGUACCAUUGCCACCACCUCCACCACCAUUACCCACCUUAGCAGCGGCAUCUGAGGCAGUGCAAAAUGGUCCUGUGUCGGUGCUGAUGCCACCUCCACCACCACCUCCACCACCGCCUCCACCACCACCACCACCACCUCCUCUCCCAGGUCCAGCUUUGGAGACAGCUCCUGCAGCUCCGCUGCCUCCACCACCCCCGCCAUCAGCACCCCCGCUGCCCGGGACAGCCUCUCCCACUGUGGUGUUCAACUCAGGGCUUGCAGACGGGCCAAUCAAGCUCUUCUCUGUGAAAAUCAAGAAGCCAAUCAAGACCAAAUUCCGCAUGCCAGUGUUCAACUGGGUUGCCCUCAAACCCAACCAGAUUAAUGGGACGGUCUUCAAUGAAAUAGAUGACGAAAGGAUCCUGGAGGAUUUAAAUGUGGAUGAAUUUGAAGAAAUAUUUAAAACAAAAGCCCAAGGUCCAGCCAUUGAUCUUACUUCAAGCAAGCAAAAGAUAACUCAGAAAGGGUCAAACAAAGUCACAUUACUGGAUGCCAACAGGGCAAAAAAUCUUGCUAUUACUUUAAGAAAAGCUGGAAAGACAGCAGAUGAAAUAUGCAAAGCUAUUCACGUGUUUGACCUGAAAACGUUGCCGGUGGAUUUUGUCGAAUGCCUCAUGCGGUUCCUGCCCACCGAGAACGAAGUGAAAGUGUUGCGGCUCUACGAGCGGGAAAGGAAACCCAUCGAGAACUUGUCUGACGAAGACCGGUUCAUGAUGCAGUUCAGCAAGAUUGAGAGGCUGAUGCAGAAGAUGACCAUCAUGGCGUUCAUAGGCAACUUUGCAGAAAGCAUCCAGAUGCUGACUCCACAACUUCAUGCAAUAAUAGCUGCAUCUGUCUCCAUAAAAUCAUCCCAAAAGCUUAAGAAAAUACUGGAGAUAAUCUUGGCUCUUGGAAACUACAUGAACAGCAGUAAACGAGGAGCUGUGUAUGGAUUUAAGCUACAGAGUUUAGACCUGCUUCUAGAAACGAAGUCAACAGACCGAAAGCAGACUCUGCUGCACUAUAUUUCUAAUGUGGUCAAGGAGAAGUACCAACACGUAUCCCUCUUUUACAAUGAGCUUCAUUACGUGGAGAAGGCUGCUGCAGUGUCUCUUGAAAACGUCCUCUUGGAUGUGAAGGAGCUGCAGAGGGGCCUGGAUCUGACAAAGCGUGAGUACACCAUGCAUGACCACAACACGAUGCUGAAGGAGUUCAUUCAGAACAAUGAAGGGAAGCUAAAGAAACUGCAGGAUGACGCCAAAAUAGCCCAGGACGCUUUUGAUGAUGCUGUGAAGUAUUUCGGGGAGAAUCCCAAGACGACACCCCCCUCUGUCUUUUUCCCAGUGUUUGUCCGGUUUGUGAAGGCCUACAAGCAAGCAGAAGAAGAGAAUGAAUUGAGGAAAAAGCAGGAGCAGGCCUUAAUGGAAAAACUUAUGGAGCAGGAAGCAUUGAUGGAGCAACAGGACCAAAAGUCUCCUUCACAUAAAACAAAGAGACAGCAGCAAGAGCUGAUUGCAGAGCUCAGGCGGCGGCAAGUCAAGGAUAACAGACAUGUAUAUGAAGGGAAGGAUGGUGCUAUUGAAGAUAUUAUAACAGCCCUAAAGAAGAAUAAUAUCACUAAAUUUCCAAAUGUUCACUCGAGGGUAAGGAUUUCUUCUAGCACACCGGUGGUGGAGGAUACACAGAGCUGGCAAGCAUCACUUUUUACUUAGCUUCCUCCUCUCUCUGUCUGCCAGACAGCCUGUUGGUAGAUGUGGCUAAGCGUAAUACUGGUGAGAGCCUAAGGGCCAGUGGAGACCGAGGCCAUUUAUUUUCACCCUCUGUGGUGCAGGGAUUCCACAGGCCAUUGGCUGCGGACCGUCUUCACGCUCUUUCCAUUUUGGCCUUUCCUAGUUUAGCCUGAGGUAGGCAGUCUUGUCCCCAGAUUGUUUCAGACCCACAUUAGCCCUGAAUACUCUGCUGCCCCUGUCUUGGCCCUACUACAGCCACUGAACAGGGCAGGAGAGAUGGACAGCCAGCAGCUUGGAGCAUGGAGACUGGAGAGGGCAGCCUUGAAAAAAGGCACCGUCUGCUAGGUACACCAAGAGCUGACAAGUUUGGGAGCUGUAUUUUAGGCAAGGCAUAAGUCAUCCAGGAAAUUGGAGGGAGGGUUUGCCCAGUCUAGUGCAAAAAAAAAAAACCCAAAACAUUUAAGGGCUUUUCCAAGUCCAACACAAAUUUCUUUUCCAGCUUGAAUUAGUCUUAAGGUGUCCCAGAUGUGCUUAUUAUAGCCUAGCCGGCCGUGUAACAGCACAUGUAACAGGCUUUCAUCAAUAUGUCCAUCUCCAGCUUCCUCCACUCUUCAGUCCAUUGCAUGUUUCAUGUCACCUAUUCUUCCCUCUGAGCUCCCACCUCCCAGCAGCAGCAGCAGCAGGCUGGGUCCAGGAGGAGGGAGGGGGUUGGCUCUUCUGCUGCAGCCUGGCAGGAUUGUGCCAGUGGGGCAGGAUGGCAGCUGGAGCUCUGCAAGCCAGUUGCAGCUGCUUUAUCUCAGGGCACCCUCUUUUAGAUAAAUGGGUACAUAGGGAUUGUAGAUCUACU